AGCAGACGUUAACUAAACCGAUUCUCAGUAUUGCCAUCGUAAGAAGGCUUUCAAGUUAUUGGCGCUAUUCACUGAUGUACUGUUUUGUUCUGUAUUACUGAAAAGCAUUGCAUUGCGAUUCUUUUUCAUACUAUCUCGUAGCCAUCCUUGCAGCGUUUACCUGUGAUCAUAUGUCACCGACCUAUUACGAACCGAAAGUCUAGACUAGUCCGAAGAAAUCAACAAACUCCUAGUUUGUGCGCUGCCUUUUAAAACUACAUCAUGGCCGCCAAUAAUGGAGCUCCUGCUGCUGGUGGAUCAGCCCCUGUUGCUGCUCCCACUGUACAAAAUAUUGAUAUCAGAGUACCCAAGAACCAAAACAAGAAGCUUGCAAUCAUGAGAUUCAAUGGUAGUAUGGGUAUUGAUUUUGUGAAGUGGACCCAUGUCAAAAUGGAAAGAGAAAACAAUCAAGUUCAGUUUAAAGGGUUCAAUGAAGAUAUGCCAAAAUUUGGUGCUGGGAGUGAAUAUGGAAGAGAGGCACGUGAAGAAGCCAGAAGAAAAAAAUAUGGAAUCAUUAGUAGAAAAUACAAUCCUGAAAAUCAACCAUGGAUUUUGCAACAUGGAGGCAAAACUGGGAAAAAGUUCAGAGGUGUAAGAGAUGGUGGUGUAGCUGAGAAUGCUUCAUAUUAUGUUUUUACACAAGCUCCAGAUGGUGUGUUUGAGGCUUUUCCAGUACAGGAGCAAUACAGUUUUCAAGCAGUUCAAAAUUAUAAACCUCUUAGCAUUGAAGAAGCAGAGGAGGGAUACAACAUGAGAAACAAAACGUACAAUAUGUUCAAUGUCAUGAUGAGAAAACGACUUCGGAAAGCGGAUGAAGAUGCAGAAGAAGAGGGGGAGGAAGAAGGUGAAGCCAAAGGAAAGAGCAAGAAAAAGAAAGGAGUUAAAGAUUCUCGCUUUGGUGACGAACUAGACGAUAUGAUGGCCUCGUCUGAUGACGAUUCUAGUGAUGACGAUGAUGAUGACGAUGACGGGGACAAGAAAAAGAAAAAGAAAGGGAAGAAACCUGCUAAGCCCAAAAAGAAGAGGAAAAAUGGAUCUGACGACGAACCACUUGAAGAUAGUGAUGAUGGUGAUGGGGAAGGCAGGGAAUUGGAUUACAUUUCUUCCUCCGACGCUGAUGAAAGUGAUGUCGAAAAAGAAGAGGCGAAAGACGGACUUAAAGGUGUUGCCGAAGAAGAUGCACUUCGUAAGUUGCUCAACUCGGACGAAGAAGACGAAGAUGAAGAAAAAGAAGAGGAUGAAGAUAAGGAUAAGGAGGAUGAAGACGCUGAAGGUGGUGAAGACCAGCCAGGUGAUAAGUCCAAAGACGACAAAGAUGACAAGAAAAAGAAAAAAGACAAAAAGAAGAGUAAAGAUAAAAAGCCCCGUAGUGAGGACUAUGGAUCGUCAAGUGACAGCGGUGCAGAUAGCUCGGGAUCCGAAUUAGAAAAGGCGAAACCUAGCCCAAAAAUGAAAUCGGGCAGUGCAAACAGUUCCCGAUCAGCUACUCCUACGAAGCCACUAAUCCCACAGCCUGAAACAACUCUCUCCGACAGUAAACGGAAAGGAAUGUCAGAGGUCGCUUUAGGACAAGCAGCAAAAAAACCACGAUUGGAAAUGGCUCCUGCAGCCUUGGCGGCCUCCGCCUCUUCAGCUGCAUCAUCGUCCACAGCAAACGAAGGAGUCAAUGAAGAAUCGGUAAGGCGCUACUUAUCCCGCAAACCCAUGACAACCACGGAGUUGCUCCAAAAGUUCAAGAGCAAGAGAACGGGUUUGACUUCCGAACAGCUUGUUCCGCACAUUGCCCAAAUUUUGAAAAAAAUCAACCCUGUAAAGCAAACCAUUAAAGGAAAAAUGUAUUUGUCAAUUAAGGGCUAAUAGUAACCAUCCUUGGCGGCCCAACCUCACUCAACUAUUGUCUUUUCACUACUUCUGUACUGAAAUUGUCUCAGGCCUUCCUUUAUGGUUUUUGUAAAAUUACGGAUGCGUAUGGUUGUUUAAAAAAAUCUUUUACUUUUCGGAACGGUCAAUAACAAUUGUCAAUUAUUAAUUG